UGUUUUUCAUUCAGAGAAUGAAAGAAUAUGCUUUAUCUUCCCCCUCCACAAAUUGAUUUGAGAAAGACAAACACAUAGAAAAAGGAAACUUUUUUAAACUGAGAGAGAGAAAGGAAAGGAAGGGGAAUGAAGGAAGAGUAUUCCUAAAGCAAAAACAAAAAGAAAGAAACCCCACAAAACUAAAUUUCCUUUCUCUCUCUUGUUAUAUUUUUGUUGUUUCCUUUUUCUCAUUUCAUUAAUUUGUGUGACUUUUGUUAGAUAAAAAAAUGGAGGGAGAAGUUGGAACAUCUUUAUUGAAAUGUGAAAUUCAAGGGAAUGGUAAAGAGGCAAGUGUUGUUGUUGUAAAUGAAUCUAAGUUUCCAUUGUCGUUUUGGGAGAUUGGGGUAUUUGGUGGUGUCGUUUUGAGUUAUGCAUUGGGUCUUGCUUGUGUGUAUCUUACCAUGCCUGCAUCAGAUUACAGUUUCCUUAAACUUCCAAGAAAUCUUGAAGAUCUUCAAAUACUCAGGGAUCACCUGGAGAGCUAUACCAGUGACUAUACUGUUCAGGUCCUUGUGGGAUACUGUGUAGUGUACAUUUUUAUGCAGACAUUUAUGAUCCCAGGAACAGUUUUCAUGUCGCUGCUUGCUGGAUCUCUUUUCGGAGUCUUAAGAGGUGUAGCACUGGUCGUGUUCACUGCUACUGCAGGUGCAUCAUCUUGCUAUUUCCUAUCCAAACUGAUCGGGCGGCCCCUCGUGUUCUCUCUAUGGCCUGAUAAGUUAACUUUCUUCCGUGACCAGGUGGCUAGAAGAAAAACGCGGCUGCUAAAUUACAUGCUUUUCUUGAGAGUUACACCGACACUGCCAAACACAUUUAUCAAUGUUGCUUCACCGAUCGUGGAUGUGCCUUACCAUACAUUCUUCUUUGCAACUGUCAUUGGGAUCAUUCCAGCUGCUUAUGUCACUGUCAGGGCUGGAAUAACUCUUGGUGAAUUGCAAUCAGUGGGUGAUCUGUAUGACAUGCAUUCUAUAGCUACUCUUUUCCUUAUCGGUCUUGUAACUGUUACGCCCACGUUGAUUGGAAACAAGAACUAACUACAGAGCUCAGCAGCAUCGGAAAACAUUGUGAAGUGCCGUCACUACCACUAACUUUCCUCGGCAUGACUUCGUUAUCUGUACAGAUUAGCAUUAGACAGUUGCAUUGUGCUCGAGUCUCAGCUGCAGAAAGUUACGGAGCUAUUGAAUUUGGUCCUGAAGCAUUUGUUUAGCUAUAAGUUGCAAAAAUAACCACAAAAAAAAGAAAAGGAAAAGAAUCUGAUGUCAUUUGAAUAUAUUGAAAUGUAAGAUCCAGUCAUGAUUCUGUAAUAGUUUAUUUGACAUGCUAGUGGGAGACAUCGCACUAGAUGUUAUAUUCAUUUGUUUCAUCUGUUUCCUUUU